AUGGCCUUGGUGAACCACAGCACCAUCAGUGAGUUCAUCCUCCUUGGUCUGUCUGCUGCCCCACACUUCCAAGCUUUCUUCUUUGUGCUAUUUUUGGAAAUUUACCUCCUGACUUUGACAGGGAACCUGAUGAUGCUGGUGGUGAUCAAAGCAGAUUCUCACCUCGACAUCCCCAUGUACUUCUUCCUGAGUCACCUCUCUUUCCUGGACUUUUGCUUUUCUUCUGUCACAGUGCCGAAGCUGCUGCAGAAUCUGUUGUCUCAGAAGAAAACCAUCUCUGUGAAUGGCUGCCUGGCUCAAGUCUUCUUUUUGUUUGAGAGUGGAGCCACUGAAGCCUGCCUGCUCUCAGUGAUGGCCUAUGACCGCUUUGUUGCCAUCUGCCACCCUCUAGUCUAUGGACAGAUGAUGAGCAAUGAGCUGUGUAAGGGGCUAGUGUGGGGAUCCUGGAGCCUGGGCUUUCUAAUCGCACUUCUCAACAUCCUUCCGGCUAUAAACUUGGACUUCUGUGUUGAUGAUUCUAUCCCUCACUAUAACUGUGAGCUGCCCUCUCUCUUCCGUCUAUCCUGCUCUGAUGUCUCCACCAGUUUUACUGUCUUGCUCAGCUCCAGCCUCAUCUCUGGACUGGGAACAAGUUUCCUGAUCUUAUACUCUUAUGCCCGAAUUGUCUCCACCAUCGUGAGCAUCAGCUCCUCCUCAGGUAGAAGCAAAGCCUUCUCCACCUGCUCCUCCCACCUCACUACAGUCCUUCUGUUGUAUGGCUCAGCUUUCUUGCGCUACCUCAUGCCAACCUCAGGUUCACCAUUGGAAUUAGUGUUCUCUGUACAGUACAGUGUGGUUACUCCUUUAGUGAAUCCCAUCAUCUAUAGCCUGAAAAACAAUGAGGUGCAAGCAGCUGUGAAAAGGACCUUGAGAAAAUAUCUCCACUAA